AUGGGCGACGAGUUCUACCCGGUGAUUGCAACUGCCGGCGGUCAGCCUGCAGCCGGGAACACGCAGAAGCUGGACGGCUGGAGCAAUGGAGCAGAGAAUCGCUACUGCCAGUGGGUCCGCUGGAACAGCAGCAACUUCGAUACGGAGCUGGUCCACUUCACGGUCAAGGACGGCACUGGAGCCUGUCGCGAUGCUCCGGGCCCGCUGCAGGUCACCCUCCAGGGCCUCACAGCUACUUGCCAGGCCCCCCGGGUCGUCAAUAACACGCUGGCGGGCUGCGGGACUGGAGACCAGGCCAACGAAUGUCUGUGGAGCUUCAAUGUGCCACGGCCUGGAACGUCUGCAUUCAAGUGCGCGUCCUCCCCGCCGUUACCACCUGUGCCGCCAAGUACGAACGCACCGCCACCUCAGCUUUCCACUCCUGCGUCACCGUCACCUGUAUCGCCCAGUCUAGCACCAUCACCACCACCCAGCCUGCCCCGCGAAAACCCGCCUUCGCCUCAGCCAAAGCCGCCCCCACCGGCGCGGCCAUACUCGGGCUCUGGGUGCUUUGUUGGCCCUGUCAAAUACUGCAAG